AUGGAUCCAAGGUCAACCGGAGUUUCAGUGAAUGCAUGGAGUUGCGUUACUUCGAGAGGUGUAGGUUAUAUGACAUUUAUUGAUGGUAAUACUGACAGCGAAACAUAUAUUGAUAAUUUAUAUCAAUCAAUUCUAAAAAGAAUUCAACAAAUAAUUGCAAAUAGAGGUGGUUUCACAAAAUAUUAA